AUGACCCAGGGUCCCUCUCUGCAUGCUGAAUCAGUGGUCCAGGGAAGAGUCGGAGGUUUUGCUGAGCUGGGUUGCAGCCUCACACCUCCAUCUGAAGGGGCCACCACCCCAAAUCUCUUCCCCUUACAUGUGGUGGAGUGGGUUCGUCUGGGAUACAACGUACCCAUCCUCAUUAAAUUUGGCGGCUACACACCACGAGUGCAUCCGAACUACAGUGGUCGUGUGUCUUUAAGUCGUGGAGCGUCUCUUCUGGUUGAUAAAUUGACUCUGGAGGAUGAGGGCUGGUUUGAGUGUCGGAUUCUUCUAUUGGACAGAACCACCGAUGAGUUCCAGAAUGGCACCUGGAAUUUCCUUUCCAUCUCAGCUCCUCCAGUGUUCAUAAAGACACCACCUGCCUUUCUGGAGGUCAUGUUGGGUGAAUCUCUCACACUUCACUGUAAAGCUCAUGGAAACCCCAAACCCAUCAUCACCUGGAGAAAAGAUGGAGAUACAGAUGAGAAACGUGAUGCAAUUCAGGUACUCAAUGAAACGUUGACAUUAAGCAAGGCUACCAGGGAAAUGUCAGGAAUGUACAAGUGUCACGUGUCCAACUCAGAAGGAAACCUCACCCACACCACCCAGCUGCAGGUCAAAGGUCCUCCGAUUAUCAUCAUUCCCCCCGAGGACACCACCAUGAACAUGUCCCAGGAUGCAGUUCUGCAAUGCCAAGCGGAGGCAUACCCGGCUAACCUCACAUAUGAGUGGUGGAAACAAGGACAAAACGUGUAUCACAUUGAAGCUCUGAAAUCACGGGUGAAAAUCUUGGUGGACGGGACGCUCUUCAUUUUAGGUCUUAUCCCUGAAGAUUCUGGGAAUUAUACCUGCAUACCCACCAAUGGUCUAAUGACUCCGCCCUCUGCGUCUGCCUACCUCAAAGUUAAACAUCCUGCACGAGUGGUCCGGAUGCCCCGUGAAACUUACCUCCCUGCAGGUAUGAGGGGAAGCAUCAUAUGCCCAGUUCAAGCUGAGCCACCCAUGCUGCAUGUUAACUGGACCAAAAAUGGAGCCUCCUUGGACCUGGAGCAGUAUCCAGGAUGGAUGGUCAAUUCAGAGGGCUCUGUCUUUAUAGCCACAGCCAAUGAUGAUGCAGUGGGCAUGUACACAUGUACAGCUUAUAACAGUUAUGGGACCAUGGGCCAAUCAGAACCGACCAAAGUUAUCCUGGAGGAUCCACCCUCGUUCCGUGUCUCACCCCGUGCUGAGUAUCUACAGGAAGUGGGCAGGGAGCUGGUGAUACCCUGUCAAUCUCAGGGAGACCCCACCUCUAACAUCACAUGGACAAAGGUCGGUCCCGCCCCUCGCUCUCCAUUUACAGUCCUAUCCAAUGGCUCUCUGGUCCUGCGUCCACUCAGUAAGGACCACCAGGGGGCGUGGGAGUGUCUUGCCACCAACCGUGUGGCCACUGUCAGCGUUGGAACCAUGGUUUUAGUGCUAGGCACAAGUCCUCAUGCAGUUAGCUCGGUAUCUGUGGAUCCAGGGAUGAAUCAGGCCAAUGUGUCUUGGGAGUCAGGGUUUGAUGGAGGAUACACGCAGAAAUUCACUGUCUGGGUGAAGCCCACUGUGAGAGGCAAGUAUGAAUGGGCGUCAAUCCCUGUACCAACAUCCAGAACCUCCCUGCUGGUGACGGGUCUGCAAGCAGCCACAAGUUAUCAGUUCAGUGUUCUUCCCCAAAACAAGCUGGGCUUUGGGCCUUUCAGUGAGAUCAUCACCAUUAGGACACAUGCACCUCCAACAGAAGUGCCCACUGUGGUGACCACCAUCGCAACAUUUUCCCCUCCCACCUCGCUAUCAGCCAAUCACACCUCAGCGGGUGUACUGCUGCAAUGGUUGCCACCUCCAGAAGGGUCUCCAUCAAUCACAGCCUUUGUUCUUCAGGCGAGGCGGGAAAAAGGGGAAUGGGUCACUCUAUACAGAGCGAUCGCUGUCAACAAGACAGAACUGAUUGUACAGGGACUUGUGAAGGACUCAAACUAUGAGCUGCGUCUCCUGUCUCGCAGAGGCAAACUGUUCAGUGCUCCCAGUGAAUCAGUCGUCAUCUCCACUGAAGGUAUGGAAAUGUAUCCAGCACCUCCCAGCCUCCUUGCCAAUGUCCCUGAACCCCUUUUGGCUGGCGUGAUUGGAGGCGUCUGUUUCCUGUUCAUAGCCAUCAUACUCUCUUUGGUGACCUCUUGCAUUAUGAGCCAUAGAAGGGAACAACGCAGACGUAAAAGGCGUGAUGAUAUUCCCCCUGCCUUCCAGAAGAGUUCAUCUCCGCAAGCUCGCCCACUUUCUGAUAGCCCAGAUAGUGUGUUGAAGUUAAAACUGUGUCCUCCCCUAAACUUCUUCCCCAGCUCAUCCUCUUCUGAUCGUUCAGACCAUUGCUCAUUUGAUAAGGGCAUUCGAAGUGAGUACCAGGAUCAGAGAAAGCAGCUUCUCUCCUCAUCUUCUCCACCUCCACACUAUACUCAGUUCGAGAGCCACUUUGGAGGCUCUCCAUUGCCCACAUCUGCUAUUGAGUCAAUAUCCAGAGGUCCUGAUGGUCGCUUCAUUAUCCAACCCUCCUUAGAAGACUCCACACCAACUCACAUCAAAAAGAACCUCAGAAAAGAAUUCCUACAAUCCCCUGGUAAAAGAAGUGGUGGAGGGAGUAACAAUGGGUCUUUUAAGGAAUCCAAUUCUGUAAGUUCAGAGAGGGAUGGACAAAGAGGGUCACCCUCAGCAUUGACUGUGCACCCACCAAACCCAGAAAGACCCCCUCACUCUCCAGGUAGGGUGAAGGCAAUGGCCAGAAACUUCUCCCGUCAUGGUUGCUUCUACUCAGAUGAUGAGCAGGGCUGCUCUGAGGCCUUGCUGGAGAGGGUCAGCUUUAAUUCGGACAGCAGUGAAAAGAGGGUGAGAGACUCGCUAAAGAAAUACCAGAUUGGUAGCCAUAGGGAAGACAUUUUCCCGAGCUUGACCAGGAGAGCCCGAGGCUUGGAGAGAGAGAGGUUGCUCCAUCAGGCAGGUUACCAAUCCAUAGAUGGAGACAGCCAGCUGACAGAACCCAGCACUAUGGUUUCUCAACUGGAUGGUGAACGAGAGAGGGAUAACUUGAGCAAAUGCCUGAGGCUGGUAAAGGAACGUGAGUUAAUGGAGAGGGAGCUCGAGCAGUAUACGGCCAGCCGAAGGGCACAGACACAUGAGCGAGAACAGAGGCGGGCCAAGUCUGCAAGCCCCUUAAGAAAAGGGACAGGUGUGGAGCCUGAGGACCCUAUUUGGAAGCCUCAAGACAUCAGUUUACGGCAAAAAACUCGGCCCAGCAGCCUGGCCCAGCGUGUUUCUGACUACAGAAGAGGCUGUUAUUUUGGCAACACCAGCAGUCCUAUGGAGAGACUACUCCCCACUUUUUCCUCAUGCAUUCAGUGGGACAUAAGCCCUGUGCCAUCCCCAGCCAGCCUGGUGCCAGUGCAAAGCCUCUCAGAAGGGAAAACAUCCUGUUCCCUGUACCCUCAUUCCCAUCAACAAGGCCUUACCAAAGUUGAUGACUCAUUUGCACCAGAGUCCACAAACGUCUCGCGUUCACCAGACACACAACACACCUCUCUCUCACUUCUGUCUCCAACCAGGGACAGCCCUUCUCCCAGUAGGACCAACAUGAGUGGGGUACAGGCUAGACACCUGGAGAUACCCCUGACAAAUGAGCAGGAGCUGCCUAAAAUGACUAUAGCUGAAAAGGGUUGGAUGCAAGAGAGAAAAGUGGAAGCAGAGGCUCCAGCUUUUAGAUCAACAUCUCCUGCUCCCUUGAGUUCUCAGCCACUUGAGAUGCACCAAGUAGUGGCAGGAAGAGAUAAAGACACCAGUCUUAGUGCAUAUUACCAUGAUCCUAGCAAUCAAAGUGUUACAGACACAGAUAAGGUAAGGGCAAAUCACAGAGUCAGACUGAGCCAUAGUCCAUCAGGCAGCUCUACAUUGCCCUAUGAUCACCAGAAAGCAGGCACAAUGGGAAAUGUAAUUGUAAAUGAAGAGUCCAGCUCCUUACUGUCAUAUAAUGAGCAAGAGAAAGAAGGUGUCAGGGCUCGAUCUCGAAAGAGUGACAAAUGUGUCUUCAGUGACAGCCCUAGUCAGGUAUCUCCAUUGACCCUGUUUGAAAAUGAGGCUGAGAGUGAUCAGUCAAAUUUCUCCAGAAUGUCAGAAUCAAUCAAAGUCAAGCUUGCUCCUCAACCAGCCAAGAUGUCCCCACUGCAGACCAGCACUAUCUUGGAAUACUUGAGUCUUCCAGGUUUUAUUGAGAUGAGUGUAGAUGAUCCUGUAGUAGUGACUGAGCCAUCAGAAUCUUUUUUGCCCAGUUCUGAGACAGAAACUGGGGCACUUUUAAGAAUUGAUCCUGACGUUGUACCCAGAAGUUGGGAAAAAAAUAGUCAGGACCAAUCUGGGGCAAUGGCUAGUCAUCUCAGUGGGGGCACCCCGGUCGUUCCUAUGGUACAUCAUAAGCUUAAAUCUAUACCAAGUUCUGGAACCUGUUCACAAUUAGAAGCAGGAGAUACAUAUGUUAAAUCAGGCACAUCAGACACCAGCAAUAAAGGUUUCUCAGCACAUAAACGGAAAGAACAGAGUUCUGAGCCUUUGCUUUCUCAAAGGAGUCUAGGGUCUCAAAAACAAGAAUUUACUCAGUGCAGUCCAGCACAGACAUUAGUAAACACAGCUAAAAGUGUGACAGCAAUAGUUACCAAAAGUCAUGACCUUGCUGAAAAGACUCACGACUCUACAUCUUCAAAAUCUCAAAAACCUAAAACUAUGUCCAAAGAAAGGACAAACAAGAUAUCCUCACAAAUCUAUCAAGCUCCUAUGCCUUUUAUGAAGAAGUCAGUUAGUAUUGGUCCUUGCAGGACACUCACUGGAGUUGGGCAUCCUCGUCCUUUCCUUAAGAAAUCUAUUAGUUUAGGUUCUCAGAGAUGGGAACAUCAUGAAAGUCCAAAAGUGUAUAUAUCUGAAACCUGUUACAGAGACGAGUUUCCCCAUCCAGAUAUACGGGUCAAAUCAUAUAGCUUGGGUCGUACCCCUGCAUAUAACUAUCCCAUGUCAGGCCGAUCAUGGCGAGGGUCAAUGCCCUCUCAACCUCCUAUCAGCCAAAGUCUAGAGAGACGUCAUCACAUUGACAGACCUCCCUUGAGUUCCUCCUACCAUACUCCUGGCCCCCUAAUCCCAGAGCCUCCAAGACACAUAGAAUCAUCCAUUCCUUUUCGACGGGAGUCAGAUCCACGUCAACAGGGAGCCGCCUUCCCAGACUCCUCAAGGUGGCCUCUGUCCUAUAAGGAGACACUCAGGUCAGUUCAGCAUAAGUAUGUCCCACAAGACCCUCCUCGACCUUUUGGCCCAACCAGAAUAGUGGCCAGGGGGGACUACCUGCAUCCUACAGAACACAGAAGGGUUCCACAGAGGCCAUUUCUCCCCAGGGGUUACAGCUGGCCUUCGCCAUAUCGUACAGCCUUUCCUCUACAAGAACAGAACUUUCAGAGAGAGGUGGACAAGGGGGUGGGUGCUGUUAAGGGUUGUACAGAGGCAGAAGUCAGGGAUAUCAGAGGAGAUGGGGGCAGAGCUAGUUAUGCCAGCCAGAGCAGUGGAAGGGGUAGUGUGGGACCGUAUGGACACCUACGGCAGUCUCUCUCCAUCACCCCAACCUUACUCAGCUCGCCAGAGACCACAGAGGAGAGCGAGAGGUACAGGGUAGACCAAGACCUGCGAGAGAAGAGGUCAAAAAGAAGAAAUACCUCAGUAGAUGAAAGUUACGAAUGGGAUGCUGCAGAAUACUCUGUGAAUCGCGACAUCCUGGAGGCCAUGAAGAUGGAGUGGCCCCAGUCAGGCAUAGGGCGAGGCAGGGAGUUCCGGCAAGAUCGCCCCUGCUCCACCGCUGGCCUCCGGGACUAUCAGAGUAAACGCCUGUACUCUGUCAGUCCUCCUCCAAUAUUCCAGCCUCCUCAGCGCCGCUACAGUCAUUCCCUUAGUGAGGCCCGCUUCAAUGCUCUGCGACAGGAGUUCCAGGAGUACCGCAGAGCCCAGGAAUCCUGCUCCCAAGACCCCUGCAUCCCACCUGACCCAGGCUCUGAUUCCAGCUCCGCAUUGCUCUGAGAACCUUACCCUGUGCAUCCCAAGGAAGAAGAUGAAUUUAUUUUAAGUACAAUCCUAGCAAAUCCUGAGAAAGCAAAGAAUCCAGACUUGAACAACCUUGACCAACCUUGAAGUGUUUUCACCCCAGAGCUGAGUGAAGGACUUUGAGAUGAUGUUUUAAAGAUUCAUUCAAUUCCGACUGGAAUGUUGUUUUUGUACAUGUUAUGUGUGUAUUUAACUGUUGUCAGCAAUCCCAGAUUGUAUUUUAUCUGUCCAGACUGAAAGAUAUGAAUGUGUGAAGUACAGUUUUCCAGAAAAGAAACAAACAAAAUUCAAAGUAUGAUAGUUUUGAUAUAGUUUUUGUAAUAUUGAUGUUAAUUUUAGGUAAUGGGGACUCUGGAAAAAUAACUGUGCUUCCUAAGGUUUUGUUUUUGUUUUUCUUAUCAACCAAACCAAAACAACAGCAUAGUAUAAAGUCUGCAUUUGACAAUCAGACACUGCAGCCAAGAAAACAGAUUAUAUUUGUAUUGUUAUAUUUUACAUAUACAUAAGUACAUGUAUUUAUGAAUAUAAUUUUGCUGUUCUGUAUGUUUACCAGGCUCAUAUUUGAGUGCUGUUCAUCUUGAUAAUGAAUUCUCUCAGAUAUUUUCCUUUCAGUCAAGUCCCAAAUUCUAUUAUGAUUUAAAGCAAGAAAUUUAGUGCCAACAUUAAGUUAAGAAGCUGACCAUGAACCAAACACUCCUCACAAAUUAAUUGUAUAAUUACUUAAGGUGAUAAACUCUCCCAAGCAAAACCAUAUAUUUUAUGGCCAGCACUCUACAUUUUUUAAACUUGGUUCACCUUUAUUCAAAAAAUGUGGUUGUGAUAUUGACGAGCAUAGUAUAUUGAAACAAAAACAAAAAGGCUAUUUUUGACAGUGUUUUCACAUGGAUCUUGAUAUCAGUAUGAACGGUCUAUGAACUGUGAAUAGUCAUGUUUCUGACAAGAAGUCUUUUUACUCCGUGUUUGUGUUCUUGGUGUUGUAAUUAUUUUGUCCAAAAAAAAAAAAAAAUAUAUAUAUAUAUAUAUAUAUAUAUAUAUAUUCUUUUUCAGAUUUUGUACAACUGUUCAUGAAUGUUUUAAGAAAACAUUAAUCUAUCUUAUAUUUAAGAUGCUGCUGUACAUUUUUGUAAUAAAUUCAAAGAUUUUUUUUUUUUUUGCCAUUUUUGAGAGAUGAUUUAAAAUUUUGUAAAAAAGCAUUUUAUAUUUGUUCUUGUAUUUGGUUUUUAUAUGUGUUGUUACUCAUUUUUAAAUGACUGUACAAUAAAGCAUUCUACAGAAAAGUUACUACAGUAUGUAAUGAAAUGGCCUUUUCUAUAUUCCUAAAACUCCUCAACAAACAAAAUGGUCAAUCAAUUAUUAAUUUUAAAAGCAUUAA